AUGCAUCAGGCACAGUUUAAUGCGGAUAGAGGAAAUUUAUUUGAUCAUCUUGAGUCUAGCAAUAUAGAUGAGGAGCCAAAUAAGGACGCUAAAAGGUUUUAUGGAUUGUUGAAAGAUGCUGAGGAAAAACUUUAUCCUGGUUGUCAAAAAUUCUCCAAACUAUCUUUUAUUAUGCGUCUUUUUCAAAUGAAAUGUGUUUACGGAUGGAGCAAUACUUCAUUUGAUUCACUAAUAAAGUUACUUGUAGAAGCUUUACCUGACGGAAAUGUGCUUCCCAACUCUAUGUAUGAGGUUCGUAAGAUUAUUAGAGAUUUUGGACUUGAUUAUGUCAAGAUAGAUGCUUGUAUCAAUGAUUGUAUUUUGUUUAGAGGAGAAUUAUAUAAAAAUCUCGAUAAAUGUCCAAUUUGUGGGGAAAGUAGGUGGCAAGAAAGCAAGAAGAAGAAUGAUGUUCCCAAUAAGAAUAAAAGAAUUGAUGAUGGAGUUAUGAGACACCCGGUUGACUCAUUAACAUGGCAACAGUUUGAUAAAGACCAUGAAACUUUUGCUUUUGAUCCCCGUAAUGUGAGACUUGGCUUAGCAUCUGAUGGUUUCAACCCGUUUGGUAUUAUGAGCACCAGCUAUAGUGUGUGGCCAGUUGUUUUAAUUCCUUAUAACUUGCCUCCUUUGUUGUGUAUGAAACAACCAAAUAUUAUCUUAUCAUUGCUUAUAUCUGGUCCAAAAAGUCCUAGGAUUGAUAUUGAUGUUUAUCUUCUGCCUCUAAUUGAUGACUUAAAAGAGUUGUGGGAUGUAGGUAUUGAAACCUAUGAUGCAUCGUCAAGACAAAAUUUUCAAUUGCGUGCAGCCUUAUUAUGGACAAUCAAUGACUUUCCUGCUUAUGCCAUGCUAUCCGGAUGGAGUACUAAAGGAAGAUUAGCGUGCCCUUGCUGUCAUUCAGAAACAUUCUCUUGUCGCUUGAAAUAUGGUCACAAGCAAUGCUACAUGGGUCAUCUUAGAUUCUUACCUACUCAACACCUUUGGCGUACACGUAAGAGCUCAUUUGAUAACACAAAGGAGGUAAGGAUUGGACCAAAACCAUUGACUGGAUAUCAAGUGCUUGCACAAUUUGAAAGUCUUGAACACUUGCCAUUUGGAAAAGUUGCAAGAAAAAGAAAAAGAAUUUCAAAGGUAAAUCAUAAUUGGAAGAAAAAAAGUAUAUUUUUUGAAUUACCUUACUGGAGAACACUCGAAUUAAGGCAUAACAUAGAUGUGAUGCACGUGGAGAAAAAUAUUUGUGAAAGUGUUAUUGGAACGCUGUUGGAUAUUGAAGGCAAAACAAAAGAUACAAUAAAGUCUCGAUUAGAUUUGAAACGUAUGGGACUCAAGAAGCAACUUCAUGCUAUCAAGAUUGGGGAUAAGUACAUCAUUCCACCUGCAUGUUACACAAUGUCCAAGGCAAAAAAAAGUAAUUUUUGUCGCAUCUUAAAAGAUGUCAGGUUUCCAGAUGCUUAUGCCUCAAAUGUAGGUCGCUGCGUAAAUAUAAAUGAACUCAAGGUUUCCGGACUUAAAAGCCAUGAUUAUCAUGUUAUACUUGAGAGACUUCUUCCUCUUGCCAUAAGAGGAUUGCUUCCCAAGGAUGCUUGCGAUCCUUUAGUUGAGCUUUCAUUAUUCUUUGGUGAUUUAUGCUCUAAAGAGUUAAAAGUGGAUGAGUUGGAUCGUUUACAAGAUUCUAUCGAAGUCACACUUUGUAAGCUGGAGCGCAUCUUCCCGCCAUCAUUUUUUUAUGUUAUGGUUCAUCUAUCAAUUCACUUGACAAAUGAAGCAAAACUUGGAGGUCAUGUUCAAUAUAGAUGGAUGUAUCCUAUUGAAAGAUAUUUACGCAUUCUAAAGAGUUAUGUGCGCAACAAAGCACGACCAGAAGGUUCCAUAGCAGAAGGUUAUGUGGCUGAAGAGUGUAUUACAUUUUGUGCCAGAUAUUUGAUAGAUAUGGACUCUAGGUUAAAUCGACCAGAUAAAGAGCACUUGACUAAAAUAAGAAAUGAAAGUCAUAGGAACAUAGAAAAGAGGCAUAGGGAGCAAUUCCAUGGGUGGUUUCAAAGUGAGGUUGUGCGGUUACAACAAUUGCGUGAUGGGAGGAUUAGUAACCAGUUACUAGCAUUAUCAAGAGGACCAAAUUUUCGAGUAUUUAAUCAUAAGGGAUACAUUCUCAAUGGUUUCAAAUUUCGUACAAAAGAUGCUGAGAAACACCUAAAAACCCAAAAUAGUGGUGUUCUAGUAAAAGGAGAUGAGUUAACUGGCAAUGUUGAUUAUUAUGGGGUUGUUAGAAAGAUCACUGAAAUAAAAUAUUUAGAUAACAACUCUGUUAUACUAUUCAAUUGUGAUUGCGACAGGGAAGAUUGGCAUACAGUGGUUAAAGUCAAGCCAAGACAUAUCUUUGCCUUGCCAAAUGGCGAAUUCGAAGAUGAUGACGAAUUAGAAGCAUAUCAACUAAAUGAGUUGAGUGAUACACAUGAAGAUCUAGAUACACCAUUAGUGGAUCGAGAUGAAGGGGUGUUAAAUAGAGAUGAUGUUACAGGUCAAUGUUUGGAUGAGAGUAUUAUUGAGAAAGAAGAAGAAUUAAAAGAACCUGAUGAUGCAAGUGACUUUGAAAGUGAUACUGAUGAAGAAUCUGACACAAGCGAAAAGGAUUACUCAGAGAAAGAAGAUUCCGACACAGAAUAA